AUGAAAUUAGAUGAAAUUAUUGCUAAUCCAAAUUUAUGUCUUCCUAAGGAAAGGAAAUCAGCAACUCCCAAUAGCAAGGAGUAGAUGAAUAAAUUAGAUUAAUUACUCAAAGGAAAUUUUAUUGAGAAUAAAGUAAAUGCAAUAGAACCGAAAAAAGAAAUUUAAUAAUAAAAUUUAAUCGAUAAGAAUAUGCCUUUUAAGGAUAACUACUCGUUACUGUAUAAUUUGUCAAUAGGAGAUAAAAAAAUAGAUAAAUAUACAAGUCAAAAAUAACUUUAUGAAAUAAAAGAAAUUCCAUAUGUAUUAGAAAAUAUUGGAAAAUAAGAAAGGCAAUAAUUUUUGAUACAAUCAUAAUUUGAUUAAACAGAGAUGUUGAAAGCAUUUGAAAAAAAAAUACAUACUUUAGAGUUAUUUAAAGAAGUAUAGAUUUCGAAUAAACAAGUGGAAUUUUAUGAAAAAAAUAAAGGAUUGCUUAUAACUAGUGUUACUUGUUUUGAAAAUAUGGUGGCCUUUGGAACUACCAAAGCUGCAAUAUAUAUCUAAUUUAAUCACCAAAUAAAUAAGUUGGAACAAAACAAAAAAAUUAUUAAUAGUCCAAUUAUCUGUCUAAGAUUUUUAGAUAAAGGGACCAAAUUAAUAGGUCUUUCUGAGAAAUAAGUGUUAUUGUAUGUUAAAAAUGAAUUUGUAAAGGCAUUUGAAUUGAAAAUAGAAAGUAUUCCUGUUGCAAUGACUGUUUGUUAAAAGUCGAAAAACUUUAAGAUUUAGUUUUUGAUGACUGAUUCAUUGGGUAAUGUGUAUGGAAUUAGGAUUAAAUAAACCCUCUUAAAAUAUGGAAUGUAGAUGAAAUUAGAAUUCAAAGAAAAUAAUAUUUGUCAUUAGAUUGAAUCUAUAAGUUUUUAGGAUUAGGAAUACAUCUUAUUAACAUUUAAGGACUAAAUACAGUUAGUCAAUUUGAAACCAGAAUACCAACUGCUAAUGAAGUUAAAUUAUAAGGUUUAAGAGAAUAAAUUCAUUUAAGUUAAAUGUUAAAUUGAAAAGAAGACACUCAUAAUAGCAGUAAGCAACGAAAACACAUUAGAGGUGCUAUCAGUUCAAUUUGAGAAGUAAAAUGAUAGAUUGAAAUCUAAUUUAAAUUUGUUAUGUCAAUACAGUUUUAAUAACGAAGAUAUUAGGUAUUUUACUUGGCUGAGCAAUGAUAUUAUAUUUGUUAAGCAUGAAAGAAAGUUGUAUUCUUUAAUAGGAAUCUCAGAGAUUCUAGAAUAAAAAGUAGACAUAAUUUAAAAAUCACUAAGUCAAGAUAUUUUGAGUUAAAAAAUGGGAGAACUAUUAUUUUUUGAGAACUCAAUUUGUAAUUUUUAAAAUUAACUGUUCUUUAUUUCCAACGAAGAAUAAAUAUCUAAAUAAAGAAUAGUACAAUAUAAAUUACAUGCUUGGGAGGAUUAGAUGUAAAAAUUUCAAUUAAAUAAUGAGUUGAAGGAAUAAUUUGGAAUGGGAUUAUAUUUAUAUUCUGGAAAACUAAUAAAAUUAGGGAAUCUUCCAAGAAUUGGAAGAUAAGAGUAUCUAAAACCUCAUUUGCACACCUUAGUAUCAAGAUUUGUUGAAAGUAGUGUAAAAUCUUAAUCAUUUAAUUCAAUUUACAUAGCAAUGGAUUUCUUAAUAAUGAUUGAAUCAUUUGAGUUUCUAUUUAACCAAAUAUAUUUAAUCUAUAAAAAUAAUAGAUUUGAAAGAUAAUUUUAUGAAAGUUUAGAAUCUUUUAUAAAUAAAGGAGUGAUUAAGUAAAUACCUAUAGAUACUACAUUAAGGGAUAUACUUGACUAUUUGAGUUAAGAUGAUAAGUUAAAAUUAUUGAAGUUUUUAAUUUUUAAUUUAGACCAAAGAUUUAUUAAUUAUACUCUUAUCAAGGAAUUCUGUAUUCGAUCCAACCUGCAGAGUAUGUUGAUAUAUGUUCCACCUAAAGACAUUGAAGAUUAUAAGACACCUUUAUUGACUAUUUUUGAGAUUUAUCAAUCCAGUUAAAAAAAUAAUUCUUAAGAUUUAUAACAUUAUCUUAAAUCAAAUAAGCUGGAUAUAACAAGUCUAAGUCAAAAAUAAAUUGAUGAGCAGAUAUAAUGUUUAGGUUAUAAAUGUAUAUGGUUUAUGAGUUUAAUAUUUAAAGGAGAAUCACUCUCUUAGGAGAAGAUUUCAGAAAAAUAUUGGCCUUAAAUAGUAAUUGAGAUUUUAUAAUGGCUUUUAGAAAGUGAAGUAUUGGAGAGGUUUUUAUAAAUAGAUGCUGGAAUAUUUCUAAAUGAACUCUUAUUAAUUUUAAAGGAUAAUAAGUUAUACAACAAGCUAUCAGGUUUUAAGGAUACUAUAGAUAAAUAACAAGAAGAACUCACUGAGAUUAUCAUCAGAAAUAUACAUACGAAAAUUAAGAAAUUAAAUAUAGUAAGUUAAUUCAAUUGCUUUAUUUUGGAAAUUAUGAAAUUAGGUUAUUAAAUAUCUUAUGAGGAUUUCUUGUAAGUUAUAAUUCACACUUUAAGAUGUCCAUAUGAGAAUUUAAAGGUUUUUGUAGAUAAAAGUAACUUUAAGUAUUAAAAGAUGGAAUAUAAAUUAUAAGAGGAGAUGACAGAUUAGGAUAAAAUAAAACGAGAUAAUUUAUUGAUUUAAUAUAUAACAUUUUUCACAACCCAAUUAUUAGGAGAUGAUUAAUCAUUGUAGACCAUUUUAUCAGAAGCUUCCUGCUCAAUACUUUCAUGUUCAAGGAUUCAAUCUGAGAUAUAUUGUUUAAAAGGAGAUUGGAUAAAAUGUAUUAAUACUGUGUUAGCAUCGACAUCACUAAUUGAUAAGGUAUUUUAGUAUAAUAUAAUUUAGGAAUAUAUAUUCAAUUAUAUUGAUAGAAUAUUAAAUUCAAAUUAAUUUUAAGAUUAGAGAGAGGAAAUUAUUAAAUAUUGUGUGACUAUUGUUUAAUAAUUGGUAAAAAUCAAUUGUAAUUUUAUAGGCAGAUGUAAGUGUUGAGAAAUUGAAGAUCCUCUUGUAAUAUUUUCCUAACUAUUUAUAUAAAUAAGCAAUAGUUAAGUUGGAUAAUCAUCCCAAUUUUAAAUUAUAUUUGCUGAAUCAAAUAAUAUCAGAUUCUAGGAAGAAGAAUGAAAUAAUUGAUAAAUAAAUCAUGAUCUCUUAUAUAAGAUUAUUGUGUAAGCAUCACCCAGAAGAUGUAUAUGAUGAAUUGCAACAUGGAGAUUUCCCAUAAGAAGAUUGUAUGAUUAUCUGUAAAGAAUAUAAAAUAAUGAAAGGAGUUGCAUUUCUUAAAGAAAGAAGUGGAUGCUUGUAGGAAGCCCUAGACAUAUAUUUUGAUGUAUAAUAUUGAAUAAUCUUAGGUUAUCAGAACAGAUUUUAUUGUUCUAGGGAGUGGACACUCUCAAUCUGAAUUAACAGAAAAAUUAUUAAUAUUAAUAUUCCCUUGUUUAAAAAUAUGCAGAGAAAAUUGUUCAAAUGAAGAUGAUAAUUUUCAAUAUUGGCUGACCUGCGUGAAUAGAAUGCUGAGUUUACGUUCAGAAUUCCGUUUAUAAAAGAAUGAGAAGAACUCCAUAAAUAAAGUAUUUUAAGAGAUCCUAAUGGAAAUUUUUGAGAAAGUCCAUCCUAAGUUGAUUAUUAGCAAUUUAAGUUAACUUUUAAAGCCUUUUACAAAUAUUGAAGAACUGAGAAGAACAAGUGUAUCUUUACAGAAGUUAUGUUUUUUUUAAUUAAUUACACAUGAACAAUUUAUAGGAAAUUAGACUUAUUAAAAUUUUGGAAGAUUACAGAUACUUUAUAGUUAAGAAUAAAAAGGGACUCUUUUAAUGGAUAGAUGUCUGGUAUGCGAAUAAGAAAAUGAUAAGUAUAUGUAUGCAUUUAUGUCAUGUUGUCACAUUUUUCAUAAGUAAUGUGUGAGAAUGAUCAAAAAUGUAAAAGUGUGUAAGAUUUGUUUAGAUAAAGGGAUUCAUUCUGAUUAAUGUACUUUAUUUAUAGAUUAAUUUAAUUAGUAAGAGUAUAAUUAGAAAUAUUAGUAGACAACGAUUAUGUAUAAUCUGGUGAUUAGCAAAUAAAGUAACCGACUCCAGAUGAGUAACUACAAUUAUCAAAGUAGGAGUAGAGACAGCUAAGAAUUAAUAAAUUGAAAAUGCUUGAUAUGGAAAAAGAAAUUAAAGAAAUUUUGUACUGA